AUGUCAUUCACUUCCGGAGAAAAAAACUUGCUGCAACUGAACCAAAAGAGCUUCGACUUCAACAUCCAAUUCGAGCAGUUGUUCUUCUCCAUUAUCCCGUCUGCUCUGUUCAUUGUCACCUCAUUAUGGCGAACUGUUUCCCAGGCGCGGAAGCCCACUGUGGUGAAUGCGCCGGUGUUCCAACUCGUCAAAUUAGGUGCCAUCACAACCUACGUUGGGCUUGAACUCUCGCUUCUCAUCUUGGUUGCGGCUGGAUCAUUCCAAGUAACCAGCAUAUCUAUAGCUUCUUCGGUUCUCAAACUUGUAUCGGCUCUGUUCAUGAUAGCGCUGAGUGUCCUCGAUCACAGCCGGAGCCCAAGGCCGUCGGUGCUGUUGAACAGCUACUUGUUCCUCACCCUUCUUCUGGACGCAGCUCAAACAAGAACAUUUUUUCUAUCAUCAAAUGAUAAGCCUGAGCUCGCCUACAGCAGUAUUUUCAGUGCGACUCUAGCUCUAAAGAUUGGAAUACUGCUCCUGGAGGCGAAGCAAAAGACCAGAUGGGUUAGCUGGGAUGAAAAGAAGCAUAGUCCAGAGGAGACGAGCGGUAUCUUCUCUCUUGGCGUCUUCUUCUGGCUGAACAAAAUGUUCCUGAUGGGGUACAGUAAAGUGUUGACGAUCGAUGAUCUUUAUCCCCUGGAUAGCGCAUUCGACUCUAAAGCGAUCCAUGAUGAGUUCGCUAGGAAUAUCGACUACUCCAAACUAAAAGGCGACAAAUACGGCCUUGUGAAGGUGCUUGCGCGCACACUAAAAGUACCUCUCCUGCUUCCCAUCCUGCCACGCUUGGCCCGCCUUGCUUUCACAUUUAGUCAACCGCUCUUCCUUGAAAAGCUGCUGGAUUAUCUAUCCCAGCCCAGACUGGACCCAAAUGUCGGAUACGGUUUUAUAGGAGCUAGCAUGUUGAUUUAUUCAGGGCUUGCUAUCUCCUGGGCCUUCACCUGGUACUUCCAACACCGGAUGCGCACGAUGGUAAGCUCGAUACUGGUUACCGAGAUCUACAACAAAGCCACGAAAGCUCGUAUUGGGAACGGCGACGACACUGCCGUGCUGACUCUGAUGAGCACGGAUAUCGAGCGAAUCAGGAUGGGACUUAGGUCGCUGCAUGAGAUGUGGGCAAGCGUAAUACAGGCUGCCCUGGCUGGGUGGAUGCUGUACGACCGACUUGGAGUAGCCUUCGUGGCACCAAUGGCAGUUGUUAUAGCUUGCUUCGCUGGCCUGGGGAUUCUUGUAAACUUCACCGGGGACUCGCAGAGGGCCUGGAUGGCAGGAGUUCAGAAGCGCGUAGGUCUCACGUCCACGGUCAUUGCCAGCAUGAAAAACCUUAAGAUCUCUGGCCUUGCUGCUGCCAUUGGCGACUUUGUGCAGAAUCUUCGAGUCGAAGAGCUAGCUUCUGGCGCUCGGUUUCGCACAAUAUUCAUCGUUGCCGCCAUCUUUGCCUUUAUUCCUCAGCUGAUCAGUCCAGCGUUAACCUUCGCAUUCACUUCAAGUAAACUGGAUGCCUCGAAGAUGUUCACGAGUCUUUCUUUCCUCACACUUUUGACCUACCCACUAUCGCAGGUCUUUCAAUCUAUUCCCGAUCUUGUCUCUGGGCUGGCCUGUUUAGGCCGAAUCCAGGCCUUCCUGGAGUGUGAGAACCACCAUGACUUUCGCCAAGUGCUUACUGAAAUGGAGCAAAGUGCGGAGAAAUCCCAAGUGGAUACUAAAUCAUCCUCUGAUUUGGGUCCCGAUGUGGCUCAUCCUAUUGUCAUUCAGAAUGGGCAGUUUGGUUGGGAAGCGGACAAGUUCGUCUUGCGGGAUAUAAAUGCUCGAGUGUCCAAGUCUUCGCUCAAUAUUGUCAUUGGACCUGUUGGCUCGGGGAAGUCUACGCUUUGCAAGACAUUACUUGGAGAAAUCCCUUUCAGCCAAGGAAGUGUGGUUAUGAGCACUAGGUUUGCCCACGUCGGAUUUUGCGACCAAACGGCAUUCCUCUCCAAUGGGUCCAUCAGAGACAACAUCGUAGGAUUCUCUCCAUUCCACCAGGAGAGGUAUGACGAAGUCAUUGAAGUCACAGCUCUGGGUGUCGACCUUGCUACACUUCCACAGGGAGACCGGACGAAUAUCGGAUCUGACGGGAUCGCCCUAUCUGGUGGCCAGAAACAACGAGUUUCGUUGGCGCGGGCUCUAUAUCUUUACUCCGAUUUACUUGUACUCGAUGAUAUCUUCAGUGGCUUAGAUGUCGACACUGAGGAGCAGGUUUUCCGUCAAGUGUUUGGGCCUGAUGGUCUACUCCGACGACGAGGCUCUACAGUCGUGCUGUGUACCCACAGCGUCAGACACCUACCCGCAGCAGAUCAUAUCAUAGCACUUGAAGACGGCGCUAUUGCUGAGCAAGGUAGCUUUGACAGACUGAUGACCACUCAGGGAUACGUUCAGCGGUUGGAAUUAAAGGCCUCUUCCAACAGCGAUGCUUCGUCCGACAAAACACCUUCCAAGCAGAGUGUGCGUGAAUCGAAGCCGCAGCUGCUCCAGACAACGACGAUCCCAUCAUCUCCUGGGUCGGAUACGGACGCAUCGCGGCAGGUUGGAGACAAAACGAUAUACAAGCAUUAUUUUAAAAGCAUGGGGUGGCUUGUGGGAGGAUGUAGCUUAUUUUUUGCUGCUCUUUGGGGCUUCUUCACAAACUUUGCAACCGUCUGGCUCACAUACUGGACUGAUGACAACUCGGAACAUCCGGCGCACUCUCACUCUUACUAUGCCGGGAUAUAUGCAUUGUUCCAAGUCAGCGCUUUGAUAUCGCUGGUUAUUCUCGGAGUCGCACUUCUCAUCUUCUCGGUCAAACGAGCCGGUGCCAGUCUCCACCAAGAAGCCCUGCGCACGCUCAUCCAUGCCCCGCUGCGCUUCUUCACCAACACGGAUACCGGCGUCGUGACAAACUUAUUUUCUCAAGACUUGAACCUUAUCGAUACAGAGUUGCCGGAGUCAACAUUGAACACCCUGUUCUGUAAACCGUGCACACUGACAAAGACCUCGCAGGCCUUUCAAGCAAUUGGACAAGCAGCUGUUAUGCUUACGUCGUCUGUGUACUUGGCCGUCAGCUACCCGCUUCUCGGUGGCCUCCUGUAUCUGCUGCAAAAGUUCUACCUGCGGACUUCCAGACAGCUGCGGUUGCUGGACCUCGAGGCCAAAAGUCCCUUGUACACGCAUUUUCUUGACACUCUGAAGGGUGUUACAACCCUGCGAGCAUUCGGUUUCGUCCCUGAGCAUAUUCAGAAGAACGCGCGCCUGAUCAACUCCAGCCAGCGACCUGCGUAUCUCCUUCUCAUGAUCCAAGAGUGGCUGAACCUCGUUCUCGACGUCGUGGUCAUGGUGAUGUCGGUGAUCCUGACGACUCUUGCUGUUCGACUCCAUUCCAACUCUGCCUUCGCCGGUGCUUCUUUGUUCUCCCUUAUGAGCUUCGGGGAAAGCAUAUCAGGCAUUGUCAUGUAUUACACCAAGCUCGAAACCUCCAUCGGCGCAAUCGCCCGACUCAAGAUAUUCAACGAAACCGUCAAACCGGAGGACACAGAGGAAGAGGACACCAUUCCCCUCGAGCAGUGGCCCCAGACCGGAGUGGUUGAGUUGAAUGGUGUAUCCGCGAGCUACGCCACCAGCGAAGAAGACCAAUCCAACCUCGCCCUCCACAACAUCCACCUCUCCAUCAACCCCGGCGAAAAAGUCGCCAUCUGCGGCCGCACCGGCAGCGGCAAAUCCAGCUUCAUCGCCCUCCUGCUGAAACUGCUCGACCCCGUCCCCUCCAGCGCCAACAGCAUCACCAUCGACAACAUCCCCCUGCACCGCAUCCACCGCCCCACCCUCCGCCAACGCCUCAUCGCCGUCCCCCAAGAAGCCGUCUUCCUCCCCGACGGAUCCACCAUCCAAGCCAACCUCGACCCCUCCUCCAUCUCCACCCCCUCCGAAUGCACCUCCAUCCUCACCGCCAUCGGCCUCUGGAACUUCGUCCAGGACCGGGGCGGACUCAACGCCCCCAUGAGCGCCGGAACAUUCAGCGCCGGCCAGCGCCAACUCUUAUCCCUUGGACGCGCAUUACUCCGACGUCGCCUCCGAGCCCGAAAUAACGCCGACAGCGGAAUCCUCUUACUCGAUGAGGUGAGCUCGAGUGUCGACCACGAGACGGAACGAGCGAUGCAGGAUAUUAUCCGUACCGAGUUCAAAAACUACACGGUCAUUGCGGUGAGCCAUCGACUCGAUAUGAUUAUGGAUUUUGACCGCGUGGUGGUCAUGGAUACGGGGAAGAUCGUGGAGGUCGGCAAUCCGGCCCUCUUGGCGGAACGGACAGAGAGCCGGUUUGGGGAUUUGGUGAGAACCGGAGCGAAGUAG